GGCACUAUCAACAUGGCAGCUUUCUGAGUUUUGGAGGAGGGUACCUGGUGUAAAUAAACGAAUUUCACGUCUUAGAGAUAACGACAGCGUUCGUGUGUUUGUGUCUAGGACUGGUUGGGCAAUAGAGGGAAAAUGUCGACUGACGCAAAUAAAAAACAGUUCUGGAAAAGAAACGCAGCGAAGGUUCCUGGCAGCAUUCAACAUGUGUAUGGUGCACAACACCCACCUUUCGACCCGCUCCUUCAUGCUAACCUGAUUAAAGCUGGCAACAAGCCUCCUCCGGCCACGCCAGGCAAACCCAAGAAGGCUACCACGUUCCAGGAGUUUGAGAGCAUCACAAGCGACGCCUGGGAUGUCGGGGAUGAUGAUGACGAGUUGCUGGCCAUGGCUGCACAGAACCUUAAUAUUGAGGUUGUCAUGGAGACAGCCAAUAAGGUCAUCGAGAAUCACAGCAAACAGCAAGAAAGACAGAGGCAGGAUGACGAGACAGAGCUAGAACAAAGAGAAGAGGACCCACAGGAGGAUGUGGCAGAGGACGAGGAGGAGGACGAAGAAGAGGAGGAGGACAGCCGGGUGGGGGAAGGAGACGUGACCAGCCCAGAGGUCUCGUUUGCCUCCCAGAGCAGCCCUUACACUGAUGGCCGCCUUGUAAAGUCCCAAAGCGAAGCUCCAAUUGGGUCACCUAAAGAUGCAGCAGGUGAGCAUGCAUCACUCCACAGACAGCGGUCUCUGCCCCACCGGCCGCCCACCAUCCCACUGGUGGCUCGCAUCGCUGACCAGAACACAUCCGGCACCCCGAUCAUGACCGAGAGGGAAGCGUCCCGUCUGGAUAAGUUCAAACAGUUGCUGGCCGGGCCAAACACUGAUCUUGGUACGUGA